UAGCAGUGACGUUCCCUCUCCUAAAGGUCCUCCGCACUGUUACCCAUCUUCCCCGUGCUCCGAGCCUCUUUCGGUCGCGAACGAACCGGUCUUUCCAGCAACAAAGCUUCAGUGAUUCCCAAACUUAUGCAUCAACAACCGUUAUCUCUUUUUCCAGCUGACAACCUCUAAGCAGCAGAGUAACAAUGCACUGCUUGCUCAAUCUUUUGGGUUGUUCCGCUCUGACAGAGAAGAGCAUUACUCAGAAAUGAAUUCAGCCUGACUUCCAAACCACCACCAGUACAACAUGGCCUCACAUCCGUCGAUUAAGGCUGGUCCGUUGCAGUCAACGCCAAUGCCCCUCAUCCCUGACGAUUCGAACCAUGUGUCGCACCAUAUCUUUUCAGCUCCACCAGAACGUCUCGUCACGAGAAGCACCCCAUCGUCCACUGUUCACAGCCGCGAAACGUCUACGGUGAGGGGACUUGACUCUGCUUCCUUGUCCUCUUCGAGUCUACAGCCUCAGAACAACCGCCGUGGUGCCUCCCAUUCUAAAAGUCCCGAGCCAAUCGCUGGGCGACCCGGUUUCGGAUAUGAUGGUGGUCUCGAGAGGAGGCCGUCAAAUUCCUAUGGUCACCACCGUCAAACCUCGAUUGUGCACGGGAUCCAGCACUCCCGCAACCCGAGUUUUGCUGCCUCAACAGCAUCCAGCAGUCCGCUGAGUUCCGAACUGAUCGUAUCCCUGGGUCGAAGUGGCGCGGUCGAGCCGGAAGGUACAGGGUCAGGCCGACCAGAACAGCCCAGUAUGCAUUCAACCUUCCAAUACCAGGGCAGCAACGGGGUAAGCGCUCAUAUACAGGGAACACUGGGCACAAUAGACGAUCGAGAUGGGGACGAUGUCGUCAGCGGCAGUCUGGCCGUUGUGACGCAUAAACGCAUGAACUCCAAUGGAAAUGGAAAGCCCAAACCGGAACGAUCCCAUAGCCGUUCACACUCGAGACCUCAUCCUGAUAUAAAAUCUACAGAGGAAUAUGCACUUCAUCACCUUUUCAAUGCUGUAAGUCAAUCCACCUUUCCGUGAGUUAGACAAGCGUUGACCCUUGUUGAAGUUUAUUGGACAAGCCGAACACAAGAUCAACCAGGCUAUCAUGAAACUUGGUGAAUCUGACGCUCCAGUCGAAGAGGUAUGCGGGCCGGGUGCAGACGCAAGCUUCGACCAAUUGAUAUCAGCUCUGGGUUACAUUGCACGACGGAAUCCGAAGCCCCUGAUUGACACCAUCAUGUACUGGAGGAAAGCGAUAGGCGAUGCG